CUUCCUCACAUCUUCCAUCCACAAUCUCUCUCUCUCUCUCUCUCUCACAGGCCAUGAAGCAAAUAUCUCAUCCGGCGAUUCUUACUGUUUUCCUCCUCUUUUCCCUCCACUCAGUAGCAUCUGCUCGCCUCUUGCCACCCCAUCAAGUGGUUGAGCAGGUGAAGAUUAAUAUUGGGAUCACUCAUGCAGAUUCAUCCAUCAAUACACAAGAAGAUGACUUGUUUACUCUAAUGGGACGGGAGGAAUGCAAUGAAAAAGAUGAAGAUUGCAUGAGGAGAAGAAUGGUUGCAGAGGCUCACUUGGAUUACAUAUACACCCAACACCACAAGCCCAAGGAAUCCCCUUAAUUAGGAAGGAAGAUGAAAGUUAAAUCAUCCUUAAUUUCCAUAUAUAGCCUUAAAACAGACUUGAUGAAUAUGCAGAUUGCAGAGACAUAUAUAAUUAAGUUAAAAGUUUCUGUAUGGAAGCACGUCACAUGUAACUAAUAUAAAAACAACUAUACUUUGAUAUAAUAUAUAUAUAUAUGGCCAGUGCUGGUACCACUUUUUUGCUUGUGUAAUCUAUUGUCGAAAUCCGCUGUUAGAUGAAAGUACAUGGCCAAUGGUAUUUAUACAGUUGAAGAACAAAAGUUCAUACAAAGUGAUGUUCCGAUGGUAUUUUGUAAUUAUAAAUUAUGGGAUUAUCCUCUCGU